UGUUAGCCGACAAUUGGUGGCUGUCUUUCGCCAAUGCUCCACAACCACGAAAAAACAACAAACAUCUCCAACCAACCAACAAGCAAGCAAGCAAAGCAAAGCAUCAAGUCGACAACGCAAGAACUCCAGUGGACGACGACUGAUCAAUCCAUCAUGCCGACCCAUGUGUUCAACGUUGCCAUGGCCUGCGAUGGCUGCUCCGGCGCCGUGCAGAGGGUGCUGAAGAAGCUUCCAGAGGUUGAGGACAUCUCCAUCGACAUGGCUGGACAGACGGUCACCGUUGUCACCUCCCUUUCCUCAGAUGCCGUCCUUGAGCAAAUCAAGAAGACCGGCAAGGAGACAAGCUUCAAGGAGACCAAGUAACUCGCCUCAGCAUUGCAUGCGCUCUGUGUGUGAGCUCCGGUGUGCGUGCUGCAUGUGCAGCACAAGUGCGCUCAAGCUCUUCAGUCUCAAAACAAUACCCGCCCAUCCAGCGUGCUUGUGUAUUCGUGGAAGCGACGAGACCACGUAACCAACACGCAGCAAUUAAACGACAACACCGACCAA